UCAAUGCCCUGGCCACUCUCUUUCUGAUGUUGCACGACGGGAAAUGCUUUGAAUACUUGCGACAUGGCCGCUCACAUUGAUUGCCAAGAUUGACAGCUCUGCGUCGUCUUCUCUUGUCUCUGAGAGAGAGGGAGAUAAAGAGGAUAGAUAACAACAAAAGAUCCUUGCAGUUUUGACAAUUAAACUUCAUAGAAAGAACGGGAUCCCCUCAUAUAGGCAGUGGGAACCACAGCAGACUUUAGUUCUCUUUCCUUUUCUCUACAGAUAGUAAUCGUUAUGUUUUAACGUAAUAUAGCGUGAAACACACGACUCGGGAUACGAUACCGUUAGGACCUGCAGCUCUCUUUUCUCGACUGGUCUGAAGGACUAUCUGCACGUGGACUUCAGAGGAACUUGUGGUUUUGCGAGAGAGAAAAACAUUUCCGAACUGGAUCCGGCAUAAAGAUAUCGACUCCCUGACGCAUAUGGUGCCUGUCACUUUCAUGAGUUCAAAAUCAACUAACCAGUGAUCGCUGGGUGCUGGGGGUUUAGUCUUUCUGUUUGUAACCCCACACGCUGACAUGGAGGGCUUUCUUCGUAGCAGCUUUUUACUGAGCAGAAUAAUGUCUUCCAAGCAAGCCACCUCUCCGUUUGUCUCCGUCGCCGAUGGGGAGGAAGCCAUGAGUCAGGACCACCUGUCCUGGGAUAAGGAGGAGAGUGCCGAGGCCCACGGGGCGCCCCAGCUGCCCCUGCACAGCCUGCUCCACAGCAAGGGCUCCAUGGACGAACUGCAGCCCCUCAGCAGUGUCCCUCCAGAGAGUGACUGGGACAGCAUGGUGUCAGCCCAGCAGCGCAUGGAAUCUGACAGCAAUAAAGUAUGUUCCCUGUACUCCUUCCGGAAUAACUCAACCUCCCCACACAAGCCUGAGGAGGGGGCCCGGGAGCGCGGCGACCUGCUGAGCGGAUCUGCGUUCGGAACGCCGGAGCGCCGCAAAGGAAGCCUGGCCGACGUGGUGGACACACUGAAGCAGAAGAAGCUGGAGGAGAUGACAAAGACAGAGCAAGAUGAAUCCAGUUGCAUGGAAACACUUCUGUCAAAAGACUGGAAAGAGAAGAUGGAAAGGCUCGACACCGGUGAUCUUCUGGGAGAAGUUAAAGGUACUCCAGAGAGCCUGGUAGAGAAGGAGCACCAGCUGAGCACCAUGAUCACUCAGCUGAUCAGCCUGAGAGAGCAGCUCCUGGCCGCUCACGAUGAGCAAAAGAAGCUGGCCGCCUCACAGAUGGAGAAACAGAGACAGCAAAUGGAGCUGGCCCGCCAGCAACAGGAACAGUAUUAUGAAGAAGGGUGUUCCAUGAUUGCCAGACAACAGCAGCAGCUUCUGCAGCAGCAGCACAAAAUCAAUAUCCUCCAGCAGCAGAUUCAGGUCCAGGGUCACAUGCCUCCGCUCAUGAUUCCCAUUUUUCCACACGACCAACGCACCCUGGCAGCAGCCGCCGCAGCCCAGCAGGGCUUUCUCUUCCCACCGGGAAUCUCUUACAAGCCAGGUGAGAACUACCCGGUGCAGUUCAUUCCAUCCACAAUGGCAGCUGCGGCAGCGUCAGGACUCAGCCCCAUCCAGCUUCAGCAACUGUAUGCCGCCCAGCUUGCCAGCAUGCAGGUCUCUCCUGGAGCCAAAAUGCCGCCACUCCCCCAGCCUCCCAACAACAGUGGGCCCAUCUCUCCCUCCGGCCUGAAGAACGACAAGAGGUCCUCCAGCCCUAUCACUCAAGUCAAGGAGGAGGGAACGCAGCCUCUCAACCUGUCUGCCCGGCCCAAGACGGCAGAGCUGGUCAAGUCCCCCACGUCCCCCACACACAGCCUGUUCACAGGCAGCAAGACCAGCCCCAACAGCCUGUCCAAGAGUGGCAUCCCCAGUCCCCUCGGAGGCAUGGGCCGUGGGUCUUCUCUGGACAUCCUGUCCAGCCUGAACUCCACAGCGCUGUUCGGGGACCAGGAUGCGGUGAUGAAGGCCAUCCAGGAGGCCAGGAAGAUGAGAGAACAGAUCCAGAGAGAGCAGCUGCAGCAUCACCAGCAGGGCAUGGAGGCCAAGCUCUCUGCCCUCACAGGCAUGGGCCUCAACAACUGCAGCAGGGCUGACAAGAGCUGGUUCACUGAGUACAUUGAGCGGGCACACUUUGAGAGCCUUGGUCACCAUCUUAGCAAACUGGGAGAGGAUGGCAAAAUUGGCCACAGAGUCAUCGACCUCACCAGGCCAGAGGAUCUGGAUGGGUGGAAAGCUCUGAAUGGCUCUGGUACCGGAGCAGAUAAACCACAACAGUAUUAUUGUUGGCCUACAGGAGGUGCCAGCACAGCCGAGGCACGGGUCUACAGAGAAGCCCGGGGGAGGAACAGCAACGAGCCCCACAUCAAGAGACCCAUGAACGCCUUCAUGGUGUGGGCCAAAGAUGAGCGCCGCAAGAUCCUCCAAGCCUUCCCAGACAUGCACAACUCCAACAUUAGCAAGAUCCUGGGCUCUCGCUGGAAGUCUAUGACCAACCAGGAGAAGCAGCCGUUCUAUGAGGAACAGGCCCGUCUCAGUAAGAUCCACCUGGAGAAGUACCCCAACUACAAGUACAAGCCCCGGCCCAAGAGGACCUGCAUCAUCGACGGGAAGAAGCUCCGCAUCGGCGAGUACAAGCAGAUGAUGCGCUCGCGACGGCAAGAGAUGAGGCAGUUCUUCACUGUGGGGCAACAACCGCAAAUCCCCAUCAGCACCAGCGCCGGCGUGGUCUACCCUGGGGCCAUAACCAUGGCAACGACCACACCCUCCCCUCACAUGACGUCGGAGUGCUCCAGCGCCUCAGCAAGCCCGGAGCCGGCCAUUCCCGUCAUCCAGAGCACCUACAACAUGAAGAUAGAGCCCAGUGCCAUGUUAACCAACGUCCCCAUCAUCAACGGAGAGGUAGAUGAGAUGGACAUGUACGAGGACUUUGACGAGGAGCCCAAAUCGGACUACAGCAGUGAGACUGAGACACUGGAGCCCAUCGUCAGCGCCAACUGAGGCCUCUCAACACACGAGCCGAGACAUACACACAUUCGUACUGGAGAACCAUCCCCAGGGCGGAAGACUGACUGAAGGAGGAGAAACAGAAGAACAAAAAAAUACAGAAGAAAAAGAAAUGGUUGUGUUGAUUUAUCAUUUAGGAGCCUGCAUGCAUAUGUGGCUCCGUCAGAAUCAACAGCUAAAGGUCUUAAAUGUUUCUUACAGUGUGUGAAGCAGUUUGGUUUAGUUCCUUUUGUUUUUUAUUAUCUCAUCGUUUAUUGUUUGUGUUUUCUUCAUGGACAUUUACACAAUUAGGUUAUUGCCUAUACAACUUUGAAUGACAGGACUUGAAAUGUAACGUUUGAUAUGAAUCCAUAAUUCUUACAGUCUUACUUUUUUUCUUAUGGUAUACAUAUUUUUUUCUCUUCAGUUAAAUGCUUUUAAUAGAUUUCAUUACUGUUUUUGAUGGGAGUUAUAUAUUCUCACUCAGGUAUGCUGUGCCAGCCAACAGCUUGUGAAUGUUUUAAAUCUAAAUUUAUUUGAAACUAUUUAGAAAACAAAAUAUUUGGAAAUUCCUAUUAACUAAAAACAAACAAACAAACAGAACAAUUCCACAAUUCUGAGACAUAAUCAGACUCCCUUAUUAUUCAUUGUAUUAGUGUUAUUAUUAGAAUAAUUAUUAUUGGUAUUAUUAACAUACUGUACAAUUUUGUGCAGAUGUGCCAAACGUUUCAAGGGUUCUUUCUCUUAAAUAAUUUGUUUGAGUCUCGAGGGAGAGACUCGAGUCUUAGACAAUCUCUUAAUAUCUUAGUGCGGCUUCAAAAUCCAGUUUCUUUAUAUACCUUCUAUAUUGAAACACUCAGGAAUCUGGAGACAGUGUGCUGUGUCUAGGGCAGGAACAGGAAGUGAUGCAAUAGCUUCAGGUGUGGUUGUUCAUAAUGGCAGCUGUUCUCCAUAGAGACCAAUGCGGUGACCAACAGGCCCUUCUCUCCCUGUCCCUCUCCAGCUCAUGUCACCAGCCCAGUCUGACACAGAGCACUAUAACACUCCCCUCACACUCUCUGCUCAUUCUUCAACUCAGUCUUACCAAGUUCUUAAUCAGAGUGAUUGUAAUCAGGCCAGAAUUCCAAGGGGCCAAAGGCAUCCAAUCUGUGGGAUUGGAAAGGCAGCGAAAGGCAGCUUUGGGGGCAUUAUAAUCACAAAUUGCUGUUUUACAAUGUGUAGCUACAGUACAUUUGCUUGAACACUUUAGCCCCUAUUGGGGCGGCUAGUUUUAAAGUCUUUGGUCUUAACAUUUUGUUGUUGUUAAAUCUUAAGUAUUUUUUGGACAUUGUAAAUCUUAAAUUGACACGGGAAGGUCUUAAAGCAGAGUUAACUACUGCAGCAGUCUUAAGAGAAGAGGCAGUGUGUGAGGGAAUAACAUCGUGCUUUUAUUAAAGGAGGGUUACAGACAAGGUAUUACAUUCUAACGAGUCAUAUUAAACACAAAAGUAUUUCAUUCAGAAGCCACACCAGUACUGAGAUGGUGAUUCUCUACAUUCAUGCACUUAGAUAUUAACACUUACUACUUCAUUUUUCAACUAAGUUAAUAUUUUAUAUUGAACAAAAUUUGUGUUGUUUUAUAAUGACCAGUUGCCUAUUUUACAUAAAGUUAAACUUAAGUAUUUUAGAGCAAUUGAAAAUGCACUUCUGUAUUUUAUUUACAUACAGACAAUGAAUAUGACAUAUAACACAAUCAAUCAGCUCUUAAUGUUGUGACAAUCAGUCACAAACUGAAAGUCCUUUACCUCUUGAAUGGUCCUUUUACCAGUUGAACAGAUCCCAGGUUGUUACCUAUGGAGAAACAGCUAGAGAUGGCCAGCAGUCAAGGCCUUACUGUCAUAAUACAGCCCUCCUACAGGCCUCCCUCUCUGCCCUGCCCUGUCUCGACCCCUUCCCAUGGCAACCCCCACACCCAGGGGGUGCCAUCUGGCUCAGAGUGGCAGGCAGUGCGAGGCUGGGGAGAGGAGAGAGGGGGAACAAUAAGGACGGGGCACGUAGCGCGUAUUGUGCUCUCCAUCAAAGCACAGACAGUGAGGCCUCUGCCCUGGCUCCCGCCCUGGCCCAGCCACUAGGCGCUGGCGAGCAGAUGGAACAAGUACAUCAAGCUGUGGGGGAUUAUUAAAAUGACUGACGAGUGGAUAUCAUCUCAAAUGCAGCAUUAUUAAUGCAUGAGCCCGGCUAUUCUCCUCCGUGCCCUUGAACCUGUCCAUUUCAGACCAAGCCCAGAGGUUUAAAAUGAUCUAAAUGGCUGGUCACCAGCGCUGGCUGUCUACAUGGCCAGGACUCCCUCCUACUGCUGGUCACUGCAUUACUCUCCCAGGUCUAAUUGAUACAGAUGGCUCUUUAGUACUUUUAAUUUUACUCGGCCCAUUCAGAGCUGGCUUUUAUUGUGUUGUGUCCACGUUUGAAAGCAUUUAUCUUAAGUCUUAGUAGUUUUUAAGCACCUCAUUAUUAAUUUCCAUUUCAGUUUCUUUUUCUUUUGUUGGUUGGUUGGUUUCUUUGUUGCUGUUGUUGUUUUAAGGUACAAUGCUUUUUUCUAGGGUUUCCUCCCAUACACAAACCUAAACGGAUUUCCCUCCAGGUCCACAAGUCUAGGUUUUUAAGCUGUUACUUCUGUUUGCUGGUUGAUUGGUUGAUUUGUACGUGAUUUGUACAUAUUUCUAUGUCCAUGCCUAACCAAUUCAGUGGGCUGGUAGUUACAAAAGGACUGUUGAUAGGACUGAAACUUGACUGCGCUUGUAUAACAAAAAAAUUACAAAAAAACGAAGAACUUAUAUCUCGCAAGGAGUCAAAGUGUUAUAAGCACUGGAUAUAAAUGGUAUUUUUUAUCAAUUCUGACUAAUGUGAAGCUGUUGUACCAGAAAAAAAACCUGAAUGAACAAAAGUCACGACGACUUGGACUCGUGGGCUCGUUCUCACAGUUACCAGAUUUGAAUCAUUUUUCAGUCUACUUGUUUUGUUUAUUUAUGCAAAGACAUGUGUAGUGAAUGAACACUUUGUCUAAGCUCCAGGGCCACCAAGGGGAGAGAGACAGCGCGCGAGAGAGACUGAGCAGUAAACUCGACAGAAGGCUUGCAUAGUAACUGGUUAGCUGAGAAACACCGGAUUUCAGACACGCAUUUUAUUGGUCACAUAUGUUUUGUGUUGUAUAUUGUAUUUGAAGCUAUAUAGUGAGAAUAGACAUUUUAUUGUAUUUAUUAGCCUCUGUUGGCUCUAAAAUUGUCAGUAGAACAUUAUGAAAGGACAAUCAGAGAGAAAAAAAGAUGUUUAAUGAAUUGGAGCUUCAUUUUUCAGUAAAUUCACCAUUUCAUUAUAGAUUUUAUUGUAAAUACAACAUAGGAAAUAUAAUUAUAUUUUUGUUCAUAAGUACUUAGUGAAGUAUAAGUUCUGUAUUUGACUGUUAUUUUUUUCUUCCUUUUUUUUACAUCAGUGUAUGUUGAUCCAUGUUCUUAAAACUGACAAGUCACUGUACGUCAUGUAGAUUCUGAUUAUUUCUCCCAGUUGAAGAGAGCAGUAUUGAACGGUUGAAGAGAACAGUAUUGGACGGUUGAGUAGAGCAGUAUUGGACGGAGCUGUAGCUGAGAUAGGCAGACAGGCCCCUUCUUGCUAGCGUUUCAAUGACCUCCCUCAGACAAUUCAAGGAGCCAAUCAAAACCCAAGCUGUAUUCCUUAGCCUUGGACAUUAAGGACAAACGUUUUUUAAAUAAAUAACUUCAUUUUUAUUUAAUUACAUGCACAGUCGGUACAAAUAAAGUACUCUGUAUCUUUCAUAGGGACAGUGCUAAAAUUCAUCUGAACAACAAGCCGUUAAGAUGCAUAUGUUUUUAUUAUACAACUUGCGUUUGCAAUCUUGACUCAAUCCUAGCGACAUACCUUAUCGCUUGUGUUUUGUGUUUUUCACAGCCCUCAGUGGUUAUACUGUUAUGUGUCAAAUUUGAACGGAGAGGUUGAUAGUAUCAUAAAUUAAUAGCUAAAUUUGAACGGAGAGGUUGAUAGUAUCAUAAAUUAAUAGCUAAAUUUGAACGGAGAGGUUGAUAGUAUCAUAAAUGAAUAGCUACAUUUGAAUUGCACAUCUGCAUGCAUUUGUUACAUUUAAAAUUAGAAUGACACAAGAGGAUUUUAUUCAUUGGCAAUUUUACACAAAUUAGGUUCUUAGGGAGCUGAAAUUGAAGGGAGUGUGCAAAUAUUUAUUAGUUUUAACGUGGCACAAUGCAGAGCCACUAGUGUGUAUUCUAGGC